AUGAUGAAUUCUACCCAACAACUUGAUGGCAUGCCUACGGAGCUGCUGGAGCAGAUAUUCGGCCAUUUCGCCGAGUCGCAACUCAAAGACCUCCACACGCUCGACGAUUGGAAACAGGGGCACAAAUCCCCUUGGAGGGAGUGCAGCAAUGUUCUACAAAGCCUGCGUCUUGUCUGCCGCCGUUUCCACGACUUGACCUCGCCGAUGCUUUUCUCCUACUUGUCCAUCUCUGUGGAGCAAAGCUCGGUUGAGAAGGCAGACAAGGUUUCGAAGCAGCCUCACCUUGCAUCAUGUAUUCGCGGCGUAAUCAUACAUGCAGGUCUAUACGACCUUCGAAUGCUCGACAGUCUGGACCAGCAUUCAAAUCGCAUCAGCUCGGAACUAGCCGACUUCUUGAAGCUACUUAGUGGUAAAUUGACUUACAUGGAAUAUCCCGAGAAAUACCAUGAGAGGGUUAGAGUCGCGGCUAUGGAAAAGAACCUUGAAAAGCUAUUCGAGACAUGGGGCCAGUCAGCCAAAAUCCCCGGCGUGGGCUACCUUGACCUAGAAACUCCCAACAUCGGACACAAAAGCGACACGCUACAUCCUGAUGCACCUCGCUACCGCAAGAUCUUGGAAGACGGAUACAAAGUUUUCAAAGAAUGCAUGACACAGGGGCGCCAGUAUCUGAAGACGGGUGCAUUUGCCAGUGAUCUUGUGGCAUGUCUGGUGCGGCUCCCACAUCUGGAAACGGUGGAGAUGGACGCGCAGCGGAGAGCGCCGAUGGACCCCGGAGACGUUCUUGAGGGUAAUGACCUCGAAGCACUGGGUCGCUUCGUUGAAUCCGGGCUCCAGGGAGCGUGGAAGGCACCCGAAUCGUUCCGCGACGUCUACUUCGCCCCCAUCAUGACGACUCUACCCGCCAAGCUCUGCGACGCAGGGAUACGGCUCCGGACUCUGCGGCUCAGCAUGUUCCCCUUUACCCGUCUCCUCUCGGAGAAUGGCACAGGUGACUCGUACAGGUUACCUGACCAGGAGACGUCAAUGAAGAGCUUGACAGACGCGAUAAGGACGCUAGAGUCCGUGACCGUCAAUAUGUACUAUGAGACGGAUCCAUACUGGAAAGAGUUCGCAGACGAUUUUUUGCGUGCGGUGCUCAGCAGCCCAGCUUUGCGCGAGCUGGAGAUGUUUGUGCCGCUGCCGGCAAGGGCGUUUGGCAGACAAGCCCUGGAAACGACAGCAUACAGUGUUGGCCGGCUCUUGUCGGCGUGGUCGCCCGAGCGCCUCCGCCGUGUGCGUCUGGAGAACUUGAUCCUGCAGGAAGCCACCCUCUCGAGCAUACUGAUCAGGUGUCACAAUGUUUGGCUGGACGGUGUUUAUCUGCGAGACGGCCUCUGGGCCAAUGUCGUGGACAAGGUCAUAGAGGCGCGGUCGUCGGAAAAGCGACUGGACCAGCGCAGCAUACAUCUGCGUCACAUUAGAGGCGGGGAGAUGGGCCACAUUCUCUUGUGCGAGCAAAUGACGGCGACUGAAGAGCGGGAAUAUGAAAACAUGGGCUACGGUGGGACGGAGCCGGUCGUGCUGAUGAUGGCAGAGGAAUAUCUGCGGGGGAGUGGGAAAGUGCAGAGAAAUCCAUUCCGGGAGCAUAAGAAUAAUGCGUCUUAUUUCAGCGGCAAGCGAGUGUGUCAUCCCGCCGCAGCAACCAUCCAAGUUACCGUGGUUUGCACCCUUGUGGCUUUUUUCUUUACAUAA